AUGGGAGCAUUCCCGAGGGCUGCAGCCUGCGCCCAGCAAGUAAAUCUCGGCUUGGAUCGUUCUGCAGCCCUGAUAGCGAGUCAGCUCCUCUGGGGAGACCAUCCCCCUGCGCCACCCCCUACCUGCCACAGCUCAGCUGGCCCUUCCAGCAGAAAGGCCAUCCUUACCUGCGCCGAAGGUCUCCCGGACCUCCUCUCCCUGCGUCUGGACCCUCUCUCCAUCCAGCCUCCCAUGCCGAGGCCCACCUUGUCAGUCACGUCUUUCUGUCGUCGGCUUGGAAAACCGGAGAGAGCACGGAGCUUCAUGGGAAACAGCAGCAACAGUUGGUCCCAUACGUUGUUCCCCAAGUUGGAGCUGGGCCUGGGGCCCCAGCCCGCGGUGCCCCGGGAGCUUCCUGCCUGCUCCAUCUGCCUGGAGAGGCUGCGUGAGCCCAUCUCGCUGGACUGUGGCCAUGACUUCUGUGCGCGGUGCUUCAGCACGCACCGCGUCCCGGGCUGCGAGCCGCCCUGCUGCCCCGAGUGCCGGAAGAUAUGCAAGCAGAAGAAGGGCCUCCGGAGCCUGGGGGAGAAGAUGAAGCUCCUGCCGCAGCGGCCGCUGCCCCCAGCGCCGCAGGAGCCCUGCUCCGUGAGGGCAGAGCCGCUGCUACUGGUGCGCAUCAACGCCUCCGGGGGCCUCAUUCUGAGGAUGGGGGCCAUCAACCGCUGCCUGAAGCACCCCCUGGCCCGGGACAGCCCUGUCUGCCUCCUCGCUGUCCUGGGGGAGCAGCACUCAGGGAAGACGCUCCUCCUCAGCCACUUGCUGCGAGGCUUGCCGGGCCUGGAGUCCGGUGAGGGUGGCUGGCCCAGAGGGGGAGAGGGGUCCCUGCAGGGGUUCAGAUGGGGAGCCAAUGGCCUCACCAGGGGCAUAUGGAUGUGGAGCCACCCCUUCCUGCUGGGAAAAGAAGGGAAGAAGGUGGCUGUAUUCCUGGUGGACACGGGGGACGCCAUGAGCCCUGAACUGAGCAGGGAAACGAGGAUCAAGCUGUGUGCUCUGACCAUGAUGCUGAGCUCCUACCAGAUCCUUAACACCUCCCAGGAGCUGAAGGAUACAGACCUGGACUAUCUGGAGAUGUUUGUCCACGUGGCCGAGGUGAUGGGCACGCAUUAUGGGAUGGUGCCAAUCCAGCAUCUGGAUCUCUUAGUUCGUAACUCAUCCCACCCCAGCAAGGCAGGGCAGGGGCACGUGGGUGACAUCCUUCAGAAAUUGUCCAGCAAAUACCCCAAGGUCCAGGAGCUGCUCCGAGGGAGAAGAGCCCGCUGUUGCCUCCUGCCCACUCCUGGGAGGCGGUGGGUGAACAGAGGCCAAGGAAGCCCUGGCGACACAGGUGAUGGUUUCUGCCACCUCCUCGGGGCCUACGUCUCGGAUGUGCUGAGUGCAGCCCCCCUGCAUGCUAAGAGCCGCUGCCAGGGGUACUGGAGUGAGGGGCGUGCCGCCACCAGGGGGGACAGACGCCUGCUCACGGGGCAGCAGCUGGCCCAGGAGAUCAAGAACCUCUCGGGCUGGAUGGGGAGGACAGGGCCGGGUUUCACGUCUCCGGACGAGAUGGCCGCUCAGCUCCACGACCUGAGGAAAGUGGAGGCUGCCAAGAAGGAGUUCGAGGAGUACGUGAGACAGCAGGACAUAGCCACCAAGCGCAUAUUCUCUGCACUCCGGGUCCUGCCCGACACCAUGCGGAACCUCCUCUCCACCCAGAAGGACGCCAUCCUGGCCCGUCAUGGCGUGGCCUUACUGUGCAAGGGGAGGGAGCAGACCUUAGAGGCCCUGGAGGCCGAGCUGCAGGCCAAGGCCAAGGCCUUCAUGGACUCCUACACCAUGCGUUUCUGUGGCCACCUGGCUGCUGUGGGGGGUGCCGUGGGGGCCGGGCUCAUGGGCCUGGCCGGGGGUGUGGUGGGUGCGGGCAUGGCGGCAGCGGCACUGGCCGCAGAGGCCGGGAUGGUGGCAGCUGGAGCUGCUGUGGGGGCCACGGGGGCCGCCGUGGUUGGGGGUGGCGUGGGCGCUGGGUUGGCUGCCACUGUGGGCUGCAUGGAGAAGGAGGAGGAUGAGAGGGUGCAGGAAGGGGACCGAGAGCCCCUUCUCCAGGAAGAGUGACAGCCCUGGGAGACGG